AUUAUGUGUAUAUAGAAACGAAAAGGAAAGCUUUAGAAUUUCCGCAAACCGACAAGUCACGCUCUUGGCCAUUUCAACGAUUUAAAUGUGUGGUUGUGAGACCGGAAGGCCCACCCACCUAGCACGGAAAGAAUGGGCGAGGAGGAGCGCAAGAGCUCCGGCAAGCAAAUUGGAGGCUUUGUGUUUGCAGAGGAUGGAUCUUACGUGCGCGCUCCUCCACCAACAGGUCCUGCGGGGUUCUUUGCGGAGGUUCCAGCCAAUCCCGCGUUCAUUGACGGCGUGGCGAGCCGCGACGUGACUCUCGACAAGGAUCGGGGACUUUGGGUGAGAGUUUUCCGUCCGGAAGAGCUGGGAAAUCGCACGCUGCCCAUCGUCAUCUUCUACCACGGGGGAGGAUUCAUCUACAUGAGCGCCGCGAAUGCGAUCUUUCACAGAUUUUGCGAGGCCCUGUCCAGGAAGCUGGGAGCGAUCGUGGUGUCUGUGAAUUACCGCCUAGCUCCGGAGCACAGGCUCCCGGCGGCCUACGACGAUGGCUACGACGCCCUCAACUGGGUCCGAGAGAUCGCCAAGAGCAGUAGCGAUCAAGACGCUUUCGCUCACGCGGAUUUCUCGAAGAUCUUCGUCAUGGGCGACAGCGCCGGGGGAAAUCUCGCAGCCCGCGUGGCAUUGCGCGCUGCCCAGGAUGGAAUCCCGCUCGCCGGCCAGAUCCUCCUCCAGCCCUUCUAUGGAGGCACGUCCAGGACCGAGUCGGAGCUCAAGCUCGGGUCCUCCAAUCCGAUGAUCACGCUCGACUCCAGCGAUUUUUGCUGGCUGGCGACGCUCCCCGAGGGCGCGGCCGACCGCGAUCAUCCAUUUUGCAACCCGAUGGUGGAAUUGCCGGGAGAUCUCGAGAGAUUGGGGGCCGGGGGACUGCCGAGAGCGCUGGUGGUGGUGGGCGGCAAGGAUCUCCUCCACGAUCGCCAGGUAGAGUUUGCAAAGAUCUUGGAAGACGCUGGCAAUGCCGUGAAGCUCAUCGAGUAUGAAAACGCUUCCCAUGGAUUCUACGCCGCGGGGGACGAUAGCUGCCAGGAAUACGUCCUUGUCUUGGACGAAAUCGCUAGCUUCUUGCGAGAGUGACCCCUGGCUGACGGCUGUGAACCCGCGUUGAAUAAAGUGGACUCUGUUGACUUACGGGUUCACUGGCGGUCAGAGCUCAGGGUACACAAGCUUUGGCAGCCAUUCACGAGGAUGGCAUUUCUUCCUUUUGUCUUUGCGGUGUCAUCAGGCAGCAAUUUCUCAUUCCACUGCGCAUUCCCUUCCAACCAGCAGUGCUUGAUUGGAUGCAAAAGAACAAUGGUUGUAGUGAUCGAUGUUCAUCAAAGUUUAUGAAUCCAAACAACUUGCUAGA